UAGACUCUCCAUGGCCUGAACAUUUUGUGAAAAUCACUUUGAGCAAAAUAACUGUUUAAUAACAAGAUAACCACAUCAAGAUGGCUGGCAAGCUGAAGCAGCACUUACUAUUGGUGUGUCUGGUGAUUAGUUCUGUGACCAUGUUUUACGUGGGCCAGCAUGCCAUGGAAUGCCAUCACCAGACAGAGGAAUGUAGCCAACCAAUUGGAGAGUACAAGAACCACAUGAGAACUGGCCUAGACCUCAAAGCCAUUGAAACCUUUGCCUAUCACAAAGAUAUGCCUUUAAUGUUUUUUGGAGGUGUGCCUCGGACUGGAACCACAAUCAUGAGGGCCAUGCUGGAUGGGCAUUCUGACAUUUGCUGUGGAGAGGAAACCAGGGUCAUUUCCCGAAUCCUGGCCCUGAAGCAGAUGUGGUCACGGUCAAGUAAAGAGAAGAUCCGGCUGGAUGAGGCUGGUGUUACUGAUGAAGUGCUGGAUUCUGCCAUGCAAGCCUUCUUACUAGAAAUCAUCGUUAAGCAUGGGGAGCCAGCCCCUUAUUUAUGUAAUAAAGAUCCUUUUGCCCUGAAAUCCUUAACUAACCUUGCUAGGUUAUUCCCCAAUGCCAAAUUUCUCCUGAUGGUCCGAGAUGGCCGGGCAUCAGUACAUUCGAUGAUUUCUCUAAAAGUUACCAUAGCUGGAUUUGACCUGAACAGCUACAGGGACUGCUUGACCAAGUGGAAUCGUGCCAUAGAGACCAUGUAUAACCAGUGUAUGGAGGUUGGUUAUAAAAAGUGCAUGUUGUUUCACUACAAACAGCUUGUCUUACAUCCUGAACAGUGGAUGAGAACACUCUUAAAGUUCCUCCAUAUUCCCUGGAACUACUCAGUAUUACACCAUGAAGAGAUGAUUGGGAAAGCUGGGGGAGUGUCUCUGUCAAAAGUACCAUGUUGGCCAGAUUGGUCUCGAACUCCUAAGUUCAGCCUUGAAGGUUUGAAGAUGUGACCAGACGGUCUAGGAACACUUGUAGAAGUUGCUGAAAAUAGAGAUACC